UAUCUCUGCAUUCGAUAUUCAUUGUCAUUACACGAUUUUACUUGAUCAUAAAAUGAUUAUCGUGAUGAUGACAAUAAAUUUAUUGAUAAUUAUCAUGAUGAUGAUGAUGAUAUUUCCAUUAUUAUUAUGUAAUGGUUUAUCAAUCUGUCCAUUUGAAUAUUUUGGCCAAUACAAAUUCAAUGUAUAUGCAGCUGAUAAUCUUCAUAAUGGCACUAUACGUUUGUAUAGCCAUCGAUAUUAUAUUGAUUUUUUAUUCUAUCAUCAUUAUGAUGAUUAUAAUGGAAAUUAUGGAUCAAUCAUUUCAAUCAAUGGUCAUGAAAAUGAAACUAAACGAUUAAUAAUGUUUGCAAUGGAAAAACGAUUAAUACAAGAAACAUAUUGGAAUUUAUCUACAAUGAUAAAUUUUAUGGACACAUUUCAUCAACGUAUUACGGUAUUUACAUUGAUGAAACAUAAUUAUGAUGAUGAUGAUGAAAACACAUUCAUUAUAAUUACGAAACGUUCAUCGAAAUUACAUUUGAUUGGUGAUUUUUAUCAUAUACAAACCAAUAAUGGAAUGGUACGAGAAUAUGGUUCACUUCCAACACGUAUUGAACAACAACAACAACAAUCUGAUAAUCAAACAAUAAAUGAAUCGAAUAUAUUUAUUCAUAUGGAUUCAGCAUUUCGUUUGUCAUUGAAUGGUCAACAAUUUCUAUUCACUAUCAUUAAUCGUCGGCUAUUCUGGACCAUUAUUAUGAUGGAACAUUUCAAUGAUAAUGAUGUUGAACUUGUCAACGAUUCUGAUGGCCAAUUUCAUCGUGGUCCAAUACCACAAAUGACGGCUGCAUUUACAAUACAAUCAGAAAAUUUGAUUGCAUUAUUCAUUAUCAAUUGCAAUCGUCGUUGUAUUGUUCAAUGGAUUUAUAAUGAAUCUAAAUUUGAUUUUGGUCCUUGUUCAUAUCGAUCAAAUUGGAUUCAUCUAGAACCAUUAAUGUGGAUGGAUAAUACAACAGCCAACGAUGAACGUUUGAAACGAUUUUCAAAUGAUAAUUUAGAUUUGAAAUUAUUUUCAACUAAACAAUUUUGGUAUGGAAUAUUUGGUGAUGAUAGUAAUAUUGGUGCUGGUGGUAUUGGUCAACGAUUUCUUAAUCAAUUACGAAAGCCAAUAUCAUGGAUCAAAGUUAAUUAUCGAAUUUUAAGUGGCAUUUCCAUUAUCAUAUUAGUAAUGAUGGCAGCAAUGACCGGAUUUUUAUGUUAUGAACAUCAAUUCCGUAAUCAAGAUUAUAAUGUAGCCGAACAAGAACGUAAAGAAGAAGAACAACAAUUAGAACAACAAGUCCAGCAAGAAGAAGAACCGAUGAACAAUAAUAAUAGUGUUUUUCCCAAAGUAAGCCAAACAACAAAACGAUCUACACUUUUGAAGUGA